CCGUAUAUUUCGAGCCACUUCUGCUCCUGGAAGCUUACCUUGCGUCAUGGCUCCCGCCAGCGCGCAAACGUUGUUCGGUUUCGGGAGCGGCUUAGACUGGCGGCCCACGUCUUUCGUGAACGCCUUCCCUGCGACCGCAGUGUGCAGCGCCUGCGGACUCGUCCCGCCAUCGUUGGCCAUCCUGCCGUGCCGCCACCUUCUUUGCCAACGGUGCUACGACCACGACGGCUGCAAGAGCAACCACUGCCCUCUGGACAAAGAACUGUUUCGGGAAGAAGACGUGCUCUGGUCAACUUUUAGCAACGACAGUGUCCUCAGUCGCAAGGUACGUUGUUGGAACGCGAACAAUGGUUGUAACGCCGAAAGCGUCGCUUCUGUCAUGCUGGAACAUUUUACCAACGCCUGCCAGUUCCACGUGGUGAGCUGUCCCAGAUGCGGGGACAUGUUGUUGCACCGGGACGCUGCGAAACACCGGGAGAACAGUUGCACGCCAUCUUACGACCAUUACCUACCUCGUGGUGACAAUUUCCACAACUCUUCCGCAGAGUUGCAUGAAGCCUUGAGGGCGAUAUCUAAAGCAAUGGACUCUUUGUAUGCAAGGCUCGAGUCGUUCGAGCAGCGACUCAACACUGAUAGACAAGCAUUAACGGUGACCGGACUGUCCGCUUUACAGAAAACGAUCGAAUCGCUUCAACAGUGCUUCUGUGCUGAGAGAGACCGCGACAUGAAUGCCCUAUCCCCGAUUGUUGCUCGUGCUGUGGCGGUCACUCUGGAAAACGCGAAUGCGACGUGCCAGCUUCAGUUCAAGGCGACACUCGCUGAACACCGGCUCGAAGUUGCUUCCCAGAUCAGUGAUUUGCUCGCUGAAAAUAAGCGCUGCAUUGAGUUUUUCACCCACGAGUGCAACCGGAUGAAGCUUGCUCUCGAGCACGGGGCC